AUGGCCAACUCACAACGCACAAUGACAGACCUCCUAGCUAAUGCCAAAGUCCCCGUCUAUAUGUGUCCCCCUGGCACAAAGAUGUGGAUAUUGAAUCUGGGAACACUGACAAUUGAUGAAGGGUGGUAUGCAAUCACUGGACGUUACUCAGUAAGAGCCGGCAACACUAGCACAGGCGGCAAUAAAAACCCGGAGAACAAACAGCGCGAUCUUGUUGUUAUGGCGGUGUUAAUACAACACCCACAAGCGGGUCUCAUUUUAUUUGAGACGGGUUGCGCCGAAAAUGUCGACAUUAAAUGGGGCUUUCCUGCAACAGAUUUAUUUCCUCGCACCGUUUACAAUGAAGAACACAAGCUUCCCGCCGCCAUUAAGUCCACCGGCAAUGACAUUAAGGAUGUGAAAGCCGUGAUCAUGGGCCAUUUACAUCUCGACCACGCUGGGGGUCUGGAGCACUUUGUCGACACCGGCGUGCCAAUUAUCACCCACGAAGAGGAGUUCAAGCAUGCAUGUUGGGCCGUUGCCACCAAAGCAGAUCUCGGAGUGUACCUUGGUAACUACAUGGAUUUGGAGAAGCUGAACUGGCAGACCUUCACGGAGUCCCACUAUGAGCUUUACCAAGGCAUCACUCUUCAUCACCCGCCAGGACAUACACCCGGUCUAUGCGCCAUGCAAAUAAAUUUGCAACAGGAUGGUACCUUUAUCUUCACCACUGAUCAGUACCAUAUCAAGGAGAACUUCACAGAAUCGCACCCUCAGGGUUGGCUGGCAAGGGAUCACACGCAAUGGUGCCGGAGUAAUGGGAUGAUUAAGAACCUGCAAGCUCAAUUCCAUGCCACACUGGUUUUCGGGCACGACAUGGACGUUUACUUGGAAAUAAUCAAAGUCAAAACAGAUUUCCAAUAA